UAAAAAAAAUAUGAUACUUUAUAAAAAUGCCGGUCUGGGCCUCCGUUACCCAACCGCUGUUUAGAGCCGCGGGGGAGUGGGUGUCUUGCUCAAGGACACGUCAGCAGGGUUGAUGCUGGCCGACACGGAGGUCUCGAACCCUGAUCUCAGCGGCCGAGGGUUGGUGGCUCUCUCUCUGGUCCAGCAUUGUGUGCCCGGAAAAACACAGAUUCUUGAACGGCGCAGAAGAAGAAAUGAGAUCACGAGAGCCCUGUCAUUGCUCUCCGGUGACAAGUGGGCCUGUUUUUACACCUUCCUUCUAAAUAAGGAAACGGCCUGACAGGCAUAUGACCAUCGACCCAAUUUGGGAGCAGCCCCUGUGCCCCUUCGCGUCCCACGGCCACUGAACGCCACCAAUGAGCUUUCUCCGCUUCGAGUCCAGCAGUGAUAGGGGGCUCCCCCCACCCCCCAACUCUCCACAGACUUUGGUAUUUUUCCUGCUGUCAGCACCCUCUCUACCCUUGUAUUGUCCCAGCGGCGAAGUCGGCAUGAUGUCAUCUUGGGAUGCGACGAUAGCCCUGACAAGGUUGAAACUGGGUUUUUGGUGAGUGGUGGAGGAUUUAUUCUGAACUAUUACUGAGAAGGAGACAGAGGGGGGAAGAGAGAGAGAAAGAGGGAGUGUGUGUGUGAGAGAGAGAGAGAGGCGCAGAAGAGCUGCAAAACAUGGUAAUCACCACCACCAACCUCACCAUCACCAUCACCUCCAGCUCUGCCGCGCACUCUCCCGUCUCCUCUCCUCCUCUGCACCGGGGCUUACGUUUCAUGCCCAAAGCCCUGAUCCGCGCUCCCAAAAUAACCCUCAGCCAGCAUGCCGAAGGAAGCAAAACAAGAAGAGCGGUAUUUUUAGGGUCAUUAAUUUCAACCACGUGGCCCGAAGGUAAACCGGAUGGCCGUUGCGCAAAGGCUCCUCGUCAGUAUGUCCUGCGAGGCCGGCACGCCGCACUGGACGCUGACCGCGGUGGUUCUCGUGGGCUUUCUACUGGGGAUCGUGUCAGCGUACCCUUUACCGAGCAGCAGGACAAAUGCAACUUUACUGGAGAAACGAUGGGAGACCCUCUUCUCCCGCUCUGUAUUGGGGAUCUCUGGGGAGAAACCGGAGCAGAACUGGGAGAAUGACUAUCUGCUGGGCAUCAAAAGAGUGCGGAGGCUCUACUGCAACGUGGGCAUCGGGUUUCACCUUCAGGUCCUCCCCGACGGAAGGAUAAACGGUGUACAUAAUGAAAACCAGUACAGUCUAAUAGAGAUCUCUACGGUGGACAGAGGAGUGGUGAGCCUAUAUGGGGUGAGGAGUGAGUUGUUUGUCGCAAUGAACAGCCGUGGAAGGUUAUACGGAACGACAUUCUUCCAUGACGAGUGCAAGUUCAAGGAGAGCUUGCUCGCCAACAACUACAACGCCUACGAGUCUCUGGUUUACAGAGGCUCCUACAUAGCACUCAGCAAGCAUGGCCGCGUGAAGAGAGGCAACAAGGCCACCACUGCCAUGACUGUAACGCACUUCCUACCCCGAAUAUGAUGAGCAAAAACUGGCAAUAACAAACUUAUUUGCACAUGUGGAUUAUUUCCCAGGUAACAUAAAUACUGUAUACGUACGUACAAACACAAAAGACAACUUGGACUUUAAAAGAAAGAAAUACCACUAUAUAUGAUAGUAUUUAUUCAAACUUUAUAUGUAUAUUUGGGUAGCUUCCUUUGUAUUAGAAAUUAUGGAAAUGCCAUUCUUUGCUGCUUUUAUGAUUUUCAUCAUUUUUGUGAUAUAACGGGGAUGGAGAGGUGUCAUUUAUCCCCUCAGUUUAUAUGGGUGCUGCUGGAAUUGGUUGAGUCCUUGCCCUGUCAGUGGAUGACAGUUCUUCCUUUUGAAAAUGAAAUGGAUACGUUAUUACCUCAAAGCACCAUUUCCUGAAGGGGAAGAAGAAGAAGAAGAAGAAAAAGAGAAAUGUGUGCAUGAAAUUUCUACAGAGAAGAAUGCCUGUUUACUGAAAAUGUUUUUUUGUUGUCAUCCAUCAAGGAUUUGAGCGCUUCCCAUUCUCUCUAUGUUCAAUUGUCUCUGUCACUGUCACGGCAACUAUAGGGCACUUUCUGGUGUUUUAUGUUGCUUCGUCAUGAGGUGGCGGUGCCUUGAAUUCCUACUUGCGGGGCCCCCUUGCCCUUGCAUGCAAGAAACACGGUGCUCAAGUCAGAAAUAGGAAUGAAACGCAAGUCAUCACUCCCUCAGACACCACCGGGAGGCUUUAGCCCCAAUUCCUAGAAGGCCAGAGGUUUCUCCACUUUAUUUUCUUUCCAUAAUUAGAUCAAUUAAGUAAUUGAGACUCAAUGCCGCACAGGCACCCAGUGGAGCCUCUUGCUAAUAUGGAAAGCUAGAUUUAGAGUCAGCACUCAUCCGCCCCCUAUCAUGUCCAAGGGAGCUUUGACAAUCCCAGGUUUUGCUUUCACAAAUUUUGUAGCCGGAUCAUCAGGCCAGAUUGAGUGUGUGACUGUGUAGUAAAUAUGUGGGCAUGCAUUUCUUUCAAGUAUAUAUGUGGACAUGCUCAGUUUGAGAGCUUCUCAAUUUGAAAGGCUUUUUUUCCCUCAUUGUUGGAGGUCAAGGGGGCGUCUGUGUAACAGAAUAUCAUAGACUUGACACUAUGAAGGGAAAUGUCCUCCAUUUAUGUCUGCUGUAUAUCUCCCUCCAGUUCAAAUUGAGUUCUGUUUGAUCAUCAGAAUCUGUUGCAUCUGGCCUGUAGCCUUGCUAGUUUAUUCGAUUUCAGUUUCGAAAAUUUGUUUUGGAAAUGUUGACUUUAUAGCAAAAGUGAAGAUGGGAGCUGUUUGACUUUCACACAGGUUUGAUGAUAUUUGGCACAUAGAGUACGGUGUUUGUGACAGUGCAUAUCAAUGAGGCAAUCCACUGUUAAUAUGAUGGUCUGCUGCCAUCAUUUGAAAUAGUGUAGAUACUCUGGUUUGGUUUAGAGGGAACUGGAACUGCUUCAGAGUUCAUCAUCCUGGGAUAUGUGAACAAUACUUCAGGGAACUCAGUCCAUCUGACAUUUAUAUGAUGUGGAUUGCACUCAUUGGUCCCAGAUUCUUAAGCUAUUUAUGCAUUAUUUAGAUUAGCCGCUGAGUCACAGGAUGGCUUCUUGUAAAAAACAAAGAAAAAAAGAAAGACGAGCAAUGUUGCAAAAAGCAGUGAACCAAAGGAUUAUAAUAGCGACGUUCAUCCGGGGCUUUGUGUGCAGCAUACCAUACUUGAAUUCAACAACUGCUCGUGCUCCUCUUUCAGAUACCGUAGUUUUCCAUUGUGGAAACGAAGGGGGUGAGGAGGACAAAGAGCAAGCAAAGUUGAAGAUAGCAAUGAUGUACAGAUGACUUAGAUGGCACUCAGCAUGUGGCACUGGUUGUUUGUUUAACUUGGCGAGGAUGUGAAUAAUGUGGGGUAAAAUACCUGAGCGUCAGACUAGUGGGCCCGUCGUCGGUUGAUGUCAGACUGGACGGUCAGCACAGGGCCCUGGGAUUCUUUUCCCAUUGUGGGCUUUCUGCCCUUUGUGUUACUGAUGGAGGCGUGUUUUCUGGCCCAUCUCAGCGACUUUUGUCGUCUUACGGAGCUCUGCGCCUGUUAUUUCUUCUUCAAGACAUGAAUGGUUGUCUUGUCAUGUGCAAUGAAGAUAUGAAUGAUUCUGCAUCCUUUCUCGUACUCCUGAGCAGAGUUAAUGUUGAAAUGUGGUGCGACUGAGCUAGAUGUUUAAUGAUUUUGGAUUCCGUUAUUCUAUUUUGGUACUUGACCUGCAAUAUUCUGUAAGUAGCAGAAUAUGUAAGUAGCAGGCCAGUUUGGUGACAUAUGAUUAAAGGAAAGUAACAAGGCUAUUAUAGAUGUAUAGUUAUCAUAUUUUACCUCAUGCUCUUUCUAACAUUACUGUAACACAUUGACAAAAUGUCUGUGAGCUAUGGUUUACGUGCUCUUUAAGCUCCAGCUGUCUAGUAGCAGAGACGAAUGUGUUUGUAAGCAUGUGUGUGUGUGUGUGUGUGUGUGUGUGUGCAUGUGUCCAACUGAGUGCACUCCUGUCAUGUUCUGUUUCUGCCAAAAGCGACAGUAGAGAUGGUAUCAGAUGGAUUUAUCUUGAGUCAGGAAUAACAGGGCAUUGUCUGACUGUGCGAGCUGAUGUACUGUACUCUCCUCACAGGAGAGGAUUAAAAGGCGAGAGGGAUGUGUGCUAAGAGCAAGCACUGACUGUGGUCUGAGCUGGUAGUUAUGUAGCAAAAGGCCACUUAAAAAGAAUCAAACGCUUCCAGGAAAGGGACACUUGAGUUGAACAAGUUGUCCGGUAUAUACUGUGAUCCGAGAGAACAAGCGUAGAGUCCCAGGAUGUCACGUUUAAUGUUUUUGAGUAUUGACACCUUUGAUAACUGCGUUUGGGGGAUUUUUCCUUGAGCAUCUUAUUACUCAUUCUGACUAAUAAGUCUUUAUUUAUUACAUAACCUUUUUUUUAUGCACUGAUUUUGUGGCGGUGAGGAUUAGGUUGGAGAAGUAUUUUGGCUAAUUGGUCAAAAUAUAUAUAUAUAAAAAAGUUAAUUUUCAUUUUUUAUGGAGUAAUAUUUACUGAGCAGGGGUGGUAUGUUGUUUUCCCUUGCUAAGCUUUCAUCAAAACAAGCACACAUGCAAGAUCACAAACACUUGUUUUUGAUGACAACAUUGUGAUUAUUACCGGAUGUCAUUUCUGAUUUAUUUUGCUAUGUUUCAGAGGACACUGUCAGCACAACAAGCCAUGAGUUGAAUGGGAAUUGUAAAGUCGCAAUGGCUCCUCAAGUAGUAAGGGACACCUGAUAAGUUGUGUACACAAAAAGCAACUUAGCUUGGUGUCAGAUUUUCAAAGCUUGAGAAAUAUUACUCUGUUACAAGUCCUGCAACUUUUGCAUGAUGUUGUUUUCGAGAGGCAGAAAAAGGUUGUGCGAUUUAGAAGAAACUGAGAGAAGGUUUGUUACUGAUAUACCAUCUUUCAACAUUAACACAUCCUUAAUUCUGCAAUAUGCAUGUAGAGAAUGGACUAGGUAUGUGUUCCACCCUUUGAUUAAGGAUCCAGUGUCUGGAUUUUGCCAUUGUGCUUCUCAUACCUGUUCAGCUGGUUUUAAAAUGUGUUGGUUCACAGGGAACUGGUUCACAGGGAGGAUCUGGGAUCAGACUUGUGUGUGUGUGUGUGUGUGUGUGUGUGUGUGUGUGUCUGAGUGUGUGCGUGUGUCCCUGUGUGCCGGCAGCCUUUGUGUUUCUCUCUCAGUUUUCUAUUCCUGCACUGAGGGGAGAGUGCUUCCUCUGAGUCCCCCUCCUCUUUUUUAACAUAUACCUCACCUUCUGCCUUAGUUCCGAUUAUUGAAAUGAUUGUAAAUUAGUUUGAGACAACAGACUUCUCCAAUCAUUUGUUUCUGAAAAAAAAAUAUGAUGAUGAGUAAGUAAAAUACUAUAUUACAAAUGGUUUUCCUUUUAUUUUUGUACGUAUGUGCUGUGCACAGCAGUCAACUGUAUUCCUGAGAUGAUAAUAAAAGACGUUUUGUAAAA